AUGGGGGCCCACAGGGACAGGAAGAUGGUCAGCAGGCAUAAAGACGGGUUCAUGGCUUUACUGUUAAAUGCUUACCCCGAUGCCUACAGGGACGCCCAGACACCACAUUGCGAGCGUUCCCCAAGGAGUCAUGUUGAAGUAUCGAACAAAACCUCACUGAAACCCUGUCGGGCUCAGUCUGUCUCGGGCGCCUAUACAUACUGCGUAGCUGUAGUGGGAAAUCCAAGUGUGUCUGACAUGAUGACCAAGGAAGACUCUUGCGAUCGUCUUUCUCGCUCUUGGGAUGGCGCUACGGAAUUAAAAGCGCGGUUGUCGGUUGGUGGGUGUCGACAGCGCAAGAUCGCAACCGCCGACGGAUGGUUUACUGCGUACGCUGCUGCUUUGUUGUUGGCAUCACGUGGACUGGUCGGAACCGCAUUUGAGGCAGAGCAUAAGGAGGCAGAUGAGACAACCACCUGCGAUGCCCACGCUUCAUCACUCAGAAUUACCAGGACCAUUAGGACGAUUAAUUCCCUGAGGUGGCCAUAG